GUCGUCACUGAGACACUGAUCACCGAGGAGUGAACACCAAGACUGCAGCUAUAACUAGCUGCCCGCUCGCUGCUUUGUGGAGCCAAGGCUCUUCUUUUCAUGCUCUCGCGCCUCCCCGGGUAUGAUGAAGCGACACAGCUCUGCCGCCCUGCCGCCGUCGACGGGCGGCGAGAUGCACGAGCAGACCACGGGCAAGGCGGACAAGUCAUACAAGCGGCCUAGCCGCUGCUCCCGCCUCUGUUCCUUCCUCAUCAUCGCCACCGCCUUCUCGAUGCUGGCAUGCCACUGCUACGACUACGCCCACGGCGGCGUCGCGCGCGUCGAGCACGGCCGUGCGUCCUCGCGACGCAGCGGCGGGUCGCCGUUCUCCGACCCUGCCGUCCCGCCUCGGCGUGACACCGGCGACCGGAAGGUUUCGGCCGACAACGAAGCGCGCGCGCUCGCCGCGGCGGACGAGAGGCGGAGGCGAGAGCUGUGCACCGGCCAGUACAUCUACGUCCAGGAGCUGCCUUCCCGCUUCAACACGGACAUGGUCUGGGACUGCGAGGACCUCUCCCCGUCCAAGGACAAGUGCAAGUACACGGCCAACGGUGGCUUCGGCCCGCGGCUCAGCGGCGGCGAGGGUGGCGUGCUCCAGAAGACCGGGUGGUACGACUCCGACGAGCUCGCCCUGGACGUCAUCUUCCACGACCGGAUCAAGCGGUACGACUGCCUUACCAACGACUCCUCCCUCGCGUCCGCCGUCUUCGUCCCGUUCUACGCCGGCCUCGACGUGGCGCGGCACCUCUGGGGGCACAACGUCUCCACGCGGGACGCGAUGGCGCUGGAGAUGGUGGAUCUGGUCACGGCGCGCCCCGAGUGGCGCGCCAUGGGCGGUCGAGACCAUUUCUUCGUUGCCGGCCGCACCACGUGGGACUUCCGGCGGCAGGUCGACGUCGACGCUGAGUGGGGAAAUAAGCUUUUCCGCCUGCCAGCCGUCCGGAACAUGACCUCCAUCGUCGUGGAGGCCAGCCCGUGGGACCGGAACGACGCCGCCAUUCCGUACCCCACUGCAUUCCACCCGGCGACCGACGAGGCCACCUUCUUCUGGCAGGACCGGGUGCGCGGGCUGGAGCGCCAGUGGCUCUUCUCCUUCGCCGGCGCCCACGCCGAGGACAGCAAGUCCAUCGCAAGCAACCUCUUCGAGCAGUGCAGGGCGUCCGCCGCCUGCUCGCUGAUGGAGUGCACGAAGGGGCCGAGCAACCAAUGCGACUCCCCGGCCAGCGUCAUGAAACUCUUCCAGAGCUCGACGUUCUGCCUCCAGCCGCGGGGCGACAGGUACACGCGCAGGCUGGCCUUCGACGCCGUGCUCGCCGGUUGCAUCCCGGUCUUCUUCCACCCCGGCACGGCGUACGUGCAGUACACCUGGCACCUGCCCAAGAACCACACCGAUUACUCGGUGUACAUCUCGGAGGAGGACGUGCGGAGGAACGUGAGCGUGGAGGAGAGGCUGCGGCAGAUACCGCCGGACGCAGUCGAGAGGAUGAGGGGCGCGAUCGUGGGCCUCAUCCCGGCGGUGACCUACAGCGACACGUCAACGAAGCUUGAGUCGACCGUGAAUGACGCGUUCGACCUGGCGCUGUGGGGCGUCAUUCGGAAGGUGGCGAAGAUGAAGAAACGCAUCGCCGAGGGCCGUACGGAGGAUGAGAAGCCAGAGAUGUAUAGUUGGAAGUACCCAUUGUUGGGAGAAGGGCAGAAGGCUGAGGAUCCCCAUGAAUGGGAUCCCUUGUUUGCCUUCCACUAGCUUAUCUCCUCGUUGUUGGAUUAUGUACUAUUGAUGUACUCCUUCCGUUCCAUAAUAUUUCUCGUGGUUUUAGUUCAAAUUCAAAAUAAAAUCACGACAAAAAAUAUGGAAUGAAGGGAAUACUUUUUUAGAACUUAGGUCAGGUGGUAAUCAUUGAUUUUCAUUUAAACUUUAUGUAGCACAUGUACCAUUUCGUUUUCGGACGGUGCAAGUUUCAA